ACAGGACAGAGCAUUGGGCCCUACUUAUGGAAUGGCUAGAACAACUUAUCAAGAGAGGUCAUGCUGGGUCCUUGCUAAUAGUAAUGGGAGAUGCAGUGGUAAUUACAACCAUUAUAAUAGUUACACAGAUAAUAGACCUUCACAGUGUUCCAGGGGUUUAUUGCACAUACCGCGUAUUCUUUGAGGUGGACCAAGACCUUGACGAUUCCCACAGAAUUCAUUGCAUCAUUCUCUUUUGUCUAUUGUGGUGGUGGUGAUAGGAGAACUGAAUGAAGAACUAGGCAGAGCUGGGUUUGAGUCUCAGUUCAUGCCAAUGACUUUCUGAGUAAUAGCUUUUAGCCUCUCUGAUCAUUGGUUUAUUUGCAAAAAAGUGAUGACAAUGCUAUUGGUCUUCUUACAAAAAUUAAAUGUUUUGUGGUUAUUGUUGUAGAGUUGUACAUGGGAUGAAUGAAUGAGAAAACAUGGGGCUCCAGUAAGGAAUUAAUGUUACAAGGGAAGGUGCAGAGAUUUGACAAUUUGAAAGAGACAGGAGAAAGAGACAGGAGAGAGAGAGAGAGAGAGAGAGAGAGAGAGAGAGAGAGAGAGAGAGAGAGAGAGAGAUAUUAAUUUAUUUCAUGGGCCAUUUGUGCCUAUAAUGAGUUUCUUGUACAUGGGUAUAUAGGCUGGGACAAUGAGUGUGCCACCAUCCCUGACUUGCAAGGGCUAGCACUCAUGCAGUACCAAUGUACUGCUGCCCUAAACCAAUCAUUAGUGUCAAACAGGCUGAGGAGUAAAAGAAGGAAGUCCCACAUGCUCAGUGGAAUAAAGAAUGCUUUUGUGGAGAUGGUUGAAGAAAUUCGUGGAGAUAAAGUUAAAUCUUGUUUGACAGAUAGAAGCUAGAUAGGAAGAAGGAGGUAGUAUUUCCGAGGAGGGAUGAACCCAUAGAGGGUGAAUGUGGAAUGGUUCACUUCCACUGGUCCUUGGGGUCUGUGUAGCAUGUGAUGGUCCUCAUUGCAGCAACAUGGAGACUGAGUGCUCCCACACAGUCAGGAGACUCAAUGCGAGACAGCAAUAUUCUUCCAUGAAUGAUUGAAAAAAAAAAGGCAAUAUCCUGUAGUGGUUUAGACAGGCCACACAGCACUCAUUCCCCAGACAGACCACUUAAUAAAAUCCUUCUAAUUUUUCUGCAUGUAUUCAUUCUCUGUUGUCCACUGCUAAGCUACUUUUAGAUGUUUGUUUGUUUGUUUGUUUUUUAAAUAUCCCCAAGUUUCUGCAUCUUGCCUUUGAAUAAUUCCAUUUGAAAACAAAAACAAAACAAAUGUUUACAUGUACAAACCAAAUUGGGUGUCUUAGAGUCAUGCAAAGCAAUAUGCAAGAAGGAUUUGGGAGAAUUUGAAGAAAUUCUCAUGUAUGGAAGAAACAAGAGGCUUAUCUGCACAUUUGGGGGCAUAAAACCAGCUUGCCUGAAGACAUCACUCAAGCCCCUAGGGGCACCAAAAUUUGGCUUCUGAAGCAGCAUUUGACAUAAGGUAGUAAUGAAAAGAAAUCCCCAUGGAAAAAUAUUCUGAGUGACUCAGCAUUUAGAGUAUUCUUGUGAUCAAGGAAGCUUAUGUUCUUAUGAACAGAAAAUCAGGUACACAUCCCCGGUGCUCGGAAAUCUUGUGUAAUUAUAAAGCAAAGGCAAAUUUAUCAAUUAAAUCAAGACAGGAAAAAAAAAGGCCUACCUUCAAGUUAAUCACGUCACUUUAAUUUGGCAUUUCCUUAUCUUUCUCAGAAUAAAUGUCUGCAUGCAAAGUGAGUGGCAAGGCUGACUAUGGAGUAACACAAUGCCAAUUCUUUUCCCUCCCAGAGAGCCGUAACUGCUAUAGAGUGGCCCAGUGUCUCCAGCACAUGUGUCUUUUUCUGCAAACUCAAGCUAUAAAAAUCGAAUUAAUUACAUUUCUCAAAUCAUGGCAAACUAUCCUCAUUCACCCAUAGCAAAUGACUCUCCUGUGCUAGUCUAUUUCAAUUUUCUCUUCUGCUCCCUGGUCUCCGCCUUCCCAGCAUUCCUCCCAUGCUCGCUUGCUCUAGCUUGACUGUAGGUUCUCAGACAUCUUUUAUAAAUUUAUUGCAAAAGUAAGUAUGUGCAGUGCUUUGUGGCUUGGUUUUAGUUGUCUAUACAUUGAGAGAUGGUAGAGUCCAUCCUGCCUCUCACUUUUUCCAUGGACUGCCAUGUUUUCCAGAAUUAUCUAUGCUCCUGAGUAUUACUUAUCUAUGCUACUGAGUAUUACUAACCCAGGCAGCAUGAGAGUUACUGAAUUGAAGUGGUCAUGGAGCGCAGUUGAGGGUUGACCUUGUGACAGGAGGUCAAGAGGCCGCUGGUGACGGAGCAUCAUAUCAUAAGGCACCUAGGUUCCUUCCAGUUUCUGGCUGUCACAAACAGAGUUCUAUAAGUGUCCUUGUAGAUCCAGGUGAGGAGUGUGUCCCUCAAGUGUGUUUCCAGAAUGGGCCGGGUGGUCCUCGAACACCUGUACGUAGAGCCUUCAAUGUACCUGUGCUCUGGAGUGAGGUUGCACACUUACACUCGCAGCAGCAGAAAGUGUAACAUUACAUUUGUCCCCCUUUCCCUGCUUCCCAACCAAACAGUGUCUAGUGCCCGACUCUAAAAUGUUUGCCGACUUGAUAGGUGUGCAGUAUUAGCUCACUGUUUUAAUUGGCAUUUUAAAAAUCCAUAAUGGGGUUCACUGUCUUUGAAGCCCAUUCUAGCCUGUUUGUUUUCUCCUGCAGUGAAUUCUCUACCCACAGGUUUUUGCCUACUUUUCUGUUAGUGUUCCUUUCUGCUAAUUGGCAGGAAUUAUUUAUUAAUGCAGAUGUUUGCUUCUUACUGCUUUUAUAAAUUGAAAAAUUCAUUGCUGUGCUCCUGACCUCUUUGUGAAUUUCACUCAUCAUGGCCACCAGUGAGUAGCAAUUUUUAAUUUUGAUGUAAUUGAAUCUAUUAAUUUUUCAUCUUGUUCCUUGUCCCACUCAAAUCUUGUUCAAAAUUCUUUUCUCUGACUCAGAUAAAUAGGCUCUUAUUCAGAAAUAUAAAGUAAUCUGUUUACUUAUGGGCACUAAAUGUCUCUAGCCUUUUAGUAUUCAGCUCUAGCAUCCUGAGAAAGUUCUGUUCUUAUAUUUUAAAUCAUUUUUAAAUAAAGAUAUGUAUGCUUCUGCAAAUACUUUUACCAUAUUAAAAUAUUAGUACAAUUAUUCUUUCAUCCAUCAUCAGUGACUUGAAGCAGAUCCUCUGAUGUUUAAAUACUUUCUUCAUGUGUUAACUCUUACUUGGUGGUAAUCUUUCAAUUCAUCAUUUUAUUUCAAUAACUACUAUUUCUCCUAGCAGUUUUGUUUCUAUAUGUGUCAAACAUAAUGAAUCUGUUUGGAUUUGUCCCUGCCAUUCUCUUUACUUUACUUGAGGCUCACAAUAAUAUCAGCUUUCUGAAAUAAAAUUGGCUAUCUCCCCUGUUCUACUUUCCAGAACAACUUUUACAAUGCAGACAUUACUUAUAACAUGAACAUUUACCUUCAAGUCUAGGACUGAAGUGCCCCAAUUAUCUCUUUCAGUAUCUGAAACACACACACACACACACAUCCAGAAAGAGGAAGAGAGAGAGAUCAGUUCUAUCUAGUGUUUUCAACUUUAUUUGAAACAUCUUAUUUUUCUUAUACAUAUAUUAUGCAUACACAUUUGCUUGGAUGUUUCUUCUUAAGGAAAAUAUUCUCUAGUUCCUCUCUGGAUCGGAUCCUCUUUAUUUGCCACUCAAUUUUCUCUGCCUGGCUGACAGCCCUUUUCCAAUGACUGGGUCUUUCAAUACUAAGGGUCUCAACUUCCUCUUUUGAUUGCUGAGGGGGACUUAGAAAUGUGAUUGGGAAAAGAUGGGGCAGAGGUCUUAUUGAGAGAGGAGGGGUAAUAAUGGGGUGGGGGAGGGGUAGUAAUGGGGCAAGGGUGGAGUAAAGGUGGGGAAGGGUAUAGAGGAGGUGUCCUUGCUUUCUGGUGUCAGGUCUCUUGCAGCUUUCUUAGUUUGUCACAUAAUCUUAGCUUCCUUGUGGCUAAAGUUGUGGAGCAAUAAUACAGUAUAGGCAUUACAGUCACUGUGAGUACUUAGCUAUGGUGUGGUCAACUUGAUAAAGCAAUGUACACUUUUUUGUUAACUACUUUUAAAAGAGUGAUCUCAAAAUGAAAGCAUAAAGUUUAAAACUCCCCAGGGUUCUGUUGACUGCAGUUUGAGAGGCUCUACUUGACUUCUUCCUGCAUUUCUCUAUUUGUUUUUUUAUAUUAAUCCUUAAUCAUCUUAACACAUAAUAACAGGGGAAAGUCAUAAUAUUUUACCAGUUUACGAAAAAUGAAGAGUCACAUCUUCCAGGUGAGUGUGGGGUGAGGUGUGACAGUGCUCACGGACUAUAGGGGUGAGUGUUAGCAAAUGCAAGUAGAGACAAUUCUCUGCAGGUACACACAGAGUAAUCAAGGUAGCUGGGCAGACAGCUGUGUGCCACCACAUAUGUGUGGAACACUGUGGAGAUGAGAGGAGCCACUUGCCAUACGCAUGGGAGAGGGCACAGCCCCAAUGCAAGGCUCAGUCCUCGGUUCUGAGGUAAAGUCAGAAAACGAAGAUGUCUGCCCUGGUAAAAUUCAUGGCAGAGUGGUGGGGGAAUGGCCUUCACACAAACAAAUAGCACAAUAACAUCAUUAUGUCAGAUAAUUCCAAAAUAGUGUUGAAUGCUGAGAAGCAAACAGCAGACCGUGUCAUUAGGAGAGAUACCAGGUGGUGGGCUGGGUGUCCUUUAAGCAGCAAGAGAAGAAAAGACUUCUAUGGAGAGCAUUAUUGAGUUGAGGCUUGGCUAUGGAGGAGGGUACUCUGGGAAGGAGUUUGGGACAGGGGAUACUGCAAUUCUAUAACCACAAGAAGAGAGAUGCAGGGCACCAGAGCAAGUCAGGAGGCUAGAGCAACUGGAAAAAUGCAAGUUUGGAAGAGAGGUUAGCUGGAAGCCUGCCCAGGGAGGCCUUGGAUUCAAUCUGGAAUGAUGGAAACCUGGAGAGGACUUCUGGCAUCGUGUAGGUUGGCUUUGCCUAUGGUGCAAUCCCUCUUGCCGUUGGGAGUCAGUAGGGCCCCCAGGGUCGGAGGAUAGCAGGAAUGGUGUUUGGAUGCUGUUGAGGUAGCGUAGGUUGAAGCUACUGGGUAUCUUUUUGUGUGUGUGUGUGCAGAGAGUAACAGUAAGGGAGAGGAGGAGAAGGAGGAAAUUGGGAACUGCUUUCUAAAGGCAGAGCCAAACUGGGAUGGUCACCAAAGGGAAGGGUCAAGGUCCUGAAGUCUCAGGCUGAACACCAGUGAAGAGGGCGAUUCAUUUUCUGGGAUGAGAAGAGCAGCCAUGACAGAGGCAGAGGACAUGGCUAGGCGCGGGAGCUUGGCUGGGGGCUUGAGGGGGAAGGAAGACUUGAAGGAAGGUCGUUUCUGCCUUACUACUACAGAGGACAGUCUGUUUUUCUGGAAGGAGACCAGGCAAGUGUGAGGAAGAGCAGCUGAUGGCAUGGUCUGACAGGAGGGUAGUCAGGAUGGCUGAAUACUGAGGCCUCAGAAGGACAGCACUCCCUUCUCUAAGCUGAGAAAAGACACUGGAAUGGCAAAGACUACAACUGGCCCAUUCACAUCUCUCACACAGGGUGCCAGAACAUAGGCUACCAUUUGGGGACAGCUGUGGGGGACGGGGAGGGCAGCACACUUGAGUUGUGUUAAGUUGACUGAGUGACCUCGGGUAUAUUUCAGGAUGAAACACUAUUCUCCCUCCUUGGACUCACAUGGCUGGACCUUCUUGUUCCAAACAUACAGUGCAUUUAAAGAGGAAGAAAGAAAGAAAGAAAGAAAGAAAGAGAGUCCUAUUUCCAUUAAACAUUUAUCAAAUGCUUAUAGCCAAAAAAGCAAAACAACAACAAAACCCUAGAGACUUGGGGGUGGGGGUGCAGGCAUAAACAUCCGCGCCAUUGUUCCCAUCUUGAGACACUCACAAUCUAGUUAGGGAUGGUGACAGCUGAGCCAGAGCUGUGCAGCGAGGCAGAGUACGAUGCGUGUCACGAAGGAGUUACAACAGCUCAGCAGCGAGAAGGAAAAUGGAAUUCUGAUUGGUGGGAGUGCCAUGGACCAAGCUUUGUGGAGGAGAAAACUGAAGAGAAGGCUGGAGUCUUGCCUGCAGGUUGAAGCCGCUGGAAGAGGGAUGAGGAGAGCGAAGAAGGUUCCAGCCAUGUGCAGUGAAUGCAGAGGGGAGGGUGCAUCAAGAGACUGCCCUGGGAAAGGCCGGGAACCAGGGGUGUGCUCCAGAGAAGAAGCCAAGUAAUUAGCAUGGCAGAAGGAGACUGGUGUCUGCAUCAACUCAUUGCUCAGAGGUCAGAUCUCAUCUGGAGUUAGAGUCACAGAGCACGUGGUCAAGAGAAACCAUCAGAGAGGACGACAUCACGAGAUUCCUAUAACUCCAUGCUGGCUACCACUGAGAGCUCUUGAACCAAAGUCUGGCUGAGAAGAUGGGGAUCGAUGGGGAAACAGUAGUCUUGAAGAACAUGCUCAUUGGUGUAAACCUGAUCCUGUUGGGAUCCAUGCUCAAGCCUUCUGAGUGUCGGCUGGAGGUGACUACAGAAAGGGCUCAGAGACAAACUGUGGAGGAGGAAGGAGGGGCUUCCAGCUACAAUACUUCCAGCAAGGAACAGCCUAUGGUCUUCAACCAUGUGUAUAACAUCAACGUGCCACUUGAAAGCCUCUGCUCCUCGGGGCUGGAGGCCUCAGCUGAGCAGGACAUGAGUGCUGAAGAUGAUACUCUGGCCGAAUACAUAGGCCAAACCUCAGACCAUGAAAGCCAGGUUACCUUCACCCACAAGAUCAACCUCCCCAAAAAAGCCUGCCCAUGUGCAAGCUCUUCCCAGGUACUGCAGGAACUGCUGAGCCGGAUCGAGAUGCUGGAGAGGGAGGUGUCCUUGCUGCGAGACCAGUGCAAUACCAACUGCUGUCAGGAAAGCGCUGCCACAGGACAACUGGACUAUGUCCCUCACUGCAGCGGCCAUGGCAACUUUAGCUUCGAGUCCUGUGGCUGCAUCUGCAAUGAAGGCUGGUUUGGCAAGAACUGCUCAGAGCCCUACUGCCCACUGGGCUGCUCCAGUCGGGGUGUGUGUGUCGAUGGCCAGUGCAUUUGUGACAGUGAAUACAGCGGAGAUGACUGUUCAGAGCUCCGGUGCCCAACAGACUGCAGUUCCCGAGGGCUCUGUGUGGAUGGGGAAUGUGUCUGUGAAGAGCCCUACACAGGCGAGGACUGCAGGGAGCUGCGCUGCCCUGGGGACUGUUCAGGGAAGGGGCAAUGUGCCAAUGGUACCUGCCUGUGCCAAGAGGGCUAUGCUGGUGAGGACUGCAGCCAGCGACGGUGUCUGAAUGCCUGCAGUGGGCGAGGUCACUGCCAGGAGGGGCUCUGCAUCUGUGAGGAAGGCUACCAGGGCCCUGACUGCUCAGCAGUUGCCCCUCCAGAGGACUUGCGAGUGGCUGGUAUCAGCGACAGGUCCAUUGAGCUGGAAUGGGACGGGCCGAUGGCAGUGACGGAAUAUGUGAUCUCUUACCAGCCGACGGCCCUGGGGGGCCUUCAGCUCCAGCAGCGGGUGCCUGGAGAUUGGAGUGGUGUCACCAUCAUGGAGCUGGAGCCAGGUCUCACCUACAACAUCAGCGUCUACGCUGUCAUUAGCAACAUCCUCAGCCUUCCCAUCACUGCCAAGGUGGCCACUCAUCUCUCCACUCCUCAAGGGCUACAGUUCAAGACGAUCACAGAGACCACCGUGGAGGUGCAGUGGGAGCCCUUCUCUUUCUCCUUCGACGGGUGGGAGAUCAGCUUCAUUCCAAAGAACAAUGAAGGAGGGGUGAUUGCUCAGCUCCCCAGCGAUGUGACGUCCUUUAACCAGACAGGACUGAAACCUGGGGAGGAGUACAUUGUGAAUGUUGUGGCUCUAAAGGAACAAGCCCGGAGCCCUCCUACCUCUGCCAGCGUCUCCACUGUCAUUGACGGGCCCACACAGAUCCUGGUUCGAGAUGUCUCUGAUACUGUGGCUUUUGUGGAAUGGACCCCACCUCGAGCCAAAGUUGAUUUCAUUCUUUUAAAAUAUGGCUUGGUGGGUGGCGAAGGCGGGAAGACGACCUUCCGGCUGCAGCCUCCCUUAAGCCAGUACUCCGUGCAAGCCCUUAGACCUGGCUCGCGCUACGAGGUGUCCAUCAGCGCAGUCCGGGGGACCAAUGAGAGUGAAGCCUCAAGCACCCAAUUUACAACAGAGAUUGAUGCUCCCAAGAAUUUGCGAGUGGGUUCCCGCACAGCAACUAGCCUUGACCUGGAAUGGGAUAACAGCGAGGCCGAAGCUCAGGAGUACAAGGUUGUGUACAGCACCUUAGCUGGUGAACAGUACCACGAAGUGCUGGUACCCAAGGGCAUUGGCCCAACUACCAAGACUACCCUCACAGAUCUGGUUCCAGGCACAGAGUAUGGAGUUGGAAUAUCUGCAGUAAUGAACUCAAAACAAAGCAUUCCUGCCACUAUGAAUGCCAGGACUGAACUUGACAGUCCCCGAGACCUCAUGGUAACAGCCUCCUCAGAGACCUCUAUCUCUCUCAUCUGGACCAAGGCCAGUGGUCCCAUUGAUCACUACAGAAUUACUUUUACCCCAUCUUCUGGGAUCUCCUCCGAAGUCACUGUGCCCAGGGAUAGGACUUCAUACACACUAACAGAUCUAGAGCCUGGAGCAGAAUACAUUAUCUCCAUCACUGCUGAGAGGGGUCGGCAGCAGAGCCUGGAGUCUACUGUGGAUGCCUUCACAGGCUUCCGCCCUAUCUCCCAUUUGCACUUUUCUCAUGUGACCUCCUCCAGUGUCAAUAUCACCUGGAGUGACCCAUCUCCCCCAGCAGACAGACUCAUUCUGAACUACAGCCCCAGGGACAAAGAGGAAGACAUGUUGGAGGUCCUCUUGGAUGCCACCAAGAGGCACGCUGUCUUGAUGGGUCUACAGCCAGCCACUGAAUAUAUAGUGAACCUUGUAGCUGUCCAUGGGACGGUAACCUCUGAACCCAUAGUGGGUUCUAUCACUACAGGAAUUGAUCCUCCCAAAAACAUCACAAUUAGCAACGUGACUAAGGACUCCCUGACGGUGUCCUGGAGCUCUCCUGUUGCGCCUUUUGAUUACUACCGAGUAUCGUACCGACCCACCCAAGUGGGACGGCUAGACAGCUCCGUAGUGCCCAACACCGUGACAGAGUUCGCCAUCACCAGGCUGUAUCCAGCUACUGAAUAUGAAAUAAGCCUCAACAGUGUACGGGGCAGGGAGGAGAGUGAACGCAUCUGCACCCUGGUGCACACAGCCAUGGAUAGCCCCAUGGAUUUGAUCGCUACCAACAUCACACCUACAGAAGCCUUGCUCCAGUGGAAAGCACCCAUGGGUGAAGUGGAAAAUUAUGUCAUCGUCCUCACACACUUUGCAAUUGCUGGAGAGACCAUCCUGGUUGACGGGGUCAGCGAAGAAUUCCAGCUUGUAGACUUGCUUCCUAGCACCCACUACACUGUCACUAUGUAUGCCACCAGUGGGCCUCUCAUGAGUGGCACCAUUGCCACCAACUUCUCCACCCUCCUGGACCCUCCUGACAACCUGACAGCCAGUGAAGUCACCAGGCAAAGCGCACUGAUCUCCUGGCAGCCGCCCAGAGCUGCGAUUGAAAACUAUGUCUUGACAUACAAGUCCACCGAUGGAAGCCGCAAAGAGCUGAUAGUGGAUGCUGAGGACACCUGGAUCCGACUAGAGGGCCUGUCAGAGAACACAGACUACACAGUGCUCCUGCAGGCAGCCCAGGAGGCCACAAGGAGCAGUCUCACCUCUACUGUCUUUACCACAGGGGGCCGGGUGUUCUCUCAUCCUCAAGACUGUGCCCAGCAUUUGAUGAAUGGAGACACUCUGAGUGGCGUUUACACCAUCUUCCUCAAUGGGGAGCUAAGCCACAAGCUGCAAGUGUACUGUGACAUGACCACAGAUGGGGGCGGCUGGAUUGUAUUCCAGAGGCGGCAAAAUGGACAAACUGAUUUUUUCCGGAAAUGGGCAGAUUAUCGUGUUGGCUUUGGGAAUCUGGAGGAUGAGUUUUGGCUAGGGCUAGACAACAUCCACAGGAUAACAGCCCAGGGCCGCUAUGAGCUGCGUGUGGAUAUGCGGGAUGGACAGGAAGCAGUCUUUGCCUACUAUGACAAGUUCGCUGUGGAGGACAGCAGAAGCCUGUACAAGAUCCGCAUAGGAAGUUACAAUGGCACUGCAGGAGACUCCCUCAGCUAUCACCAGGGACGUCCUUUCUCCACUGAGGACAGAGACAAUGAUGUUGCAGUCACCAACUGUGCCAUGUCCUACAAGGGUGCUUGGUGGUAUAAGAACUGCCACCGGACCAACCUCAACGGGAAGUACGGGGAGUCCAGGCACAGUCAGGGGAUCAACUGGUACCAUUGGAAAGGCCAUGAAUUCUCCAUCCCCUUUGUAGAAAUGAAGAUGAGGCCCUACAUCCAUCGUCUCACAGCCGGGAGGAAACGGCGAGCCUUGAAAUUCUGAGCACUGGGCAGCCAGCCACCAGCCAAACAAUCUUUUCUGUCAUUUGUUUGUAUUUUAUAAUAUGAGACAAGGGGGGGAGGGGCAACAGUAAUGUGCUUCACAACAUAUUCAGACUAUCUGAAGGAAGCAGGGAUCAGUUAGGCACCAUCUGCUCCUAGUUUCUGCUGCCUUGGAGCCUGACUCACAGGCUACAUGCUCCCUGCUAACCAGUCCUGACUGAUCACCCACCUCUUUUCUCACAGAGGAGGAAAACUGGGGAGUUAAAAAAAAGAAAGAACUACAGGUUGUUAUGGUGAUGGGCACACACACACAACUUCCUCUAUCCCUUCUUCUGAGAUACCUUCCAAGUUCUAAGUAAUAGUAAUCUGGUCACCACUGACUAUGGCCAGGUGACCACACCAUCCCAGAAAAGCUUCAAGAAAAAAGCUUGGCCAAUCUUCUCUUAAGAGGGAAGAUGCCCACCACACCCUGGCGCAACUGUCCAAGUUCAUUGCAAUGGGCUAAAGAUUCUCACAUUCUGACAGUUAACUUUUAGGAGGCAUGGCCUCUCUUCCAGCCCCAUCCUCUCCUUACUUCUGUCCCCUAGAUCCUAUUAGACCUACCAACCCAACCAUUGUUUAGAACUCCAGUUACCAAAGCUGUCUGAACCUUGCCCUGGGUCAUGCAAUAGCUGUGCCCUGUGCGUCGUAAAUCAUUGUCGUGUAAUAACUUUCUUUGGUGGUGAGACUUGGGGAAGGGUAUUGUUUCUAGCACAUUUGUAUCAGACACUGACAAAGGACAGGAGUGGAAAUGAGGGCACCUACCAGGGAGCGUGUGGGUCUGAGCAGAAACAGACCUGACUUAGUGUUGCCUUGUGCAUUUGUGAUCUGAUUUACCAUGGAUUCUUUCCCUGACUCCUAACUGAAGGUCUCUAGCUCUAUACCCAGUCAGGCUAUCCUCAGUGCAAGUGGCUUCAGAAGAAUCAUGGGGGAAGUUGUAUGAGCCAUUCCCCUGUCUGAUUACACUGGGAGGGGACAGCGUGCUUGUCCUGGUCUCUUGUUGUUUGCUUUGAUCCUGUAGUAAACAGAACUGACCCCCUCAAUGAGGUGAGACCAUGAGAAACAUUUUCCAUCUCCCUCUGUUAUCCUGCUUUGAGAAGAAAAAUGAAAAGUGCCAGAGGAAAUUGCAUUUAGAACUCCAAAGGUGAGCGGAGUGAUCUCCCCACCCCCACGUGAUUUGAUUUUUUAAAGCCCCGGAGAACUGGAGGCUAUAGAAGCCAUGACCUUUCAGCUUCUCCUUAAAUAAAAAUCCAGUCAGUCUUUCCUGCAGCACCUGCCCAAGCUGUGCCAAGUUUCUCAGCUGCCUUUUCCCUGUCUCCCUGUCCUCUCCUAUCUUUGAGGGCCCAGUGUGUACUAAUCGGGCCCAUGGCUACUGUCUGGGGUGUCUUAUACCUGUGCCAACCAGUUGGCAUCUUGAAAUAGAAACAGCCACCAUCUAACCAAGCUUUGAGCCACAAGCAAGAGUCCUCCUGGGCUGAUGAUCACCUGCUGAGCAUCGUGACAUUGGGGUUAGCUUGCCAUUUUUCUGUCACCUCCCCUGUCUCUGUGAUAUAGAAUCACUGACCUACACAAGGCCAAAAACACAGGUGGAGUUUUCACAUUUUAAUCCAUCAUGGGCUUCAAGCAGCUAAGAGAAGGAGGAAGAGGGGGGACGCCUAUAGGUUAUCCGAUAUUUAACUAGAUGUGGGCCAACUGUGCAGGACUGGAGGUAAGCACACUUAACGAGGGAAUUGAAGGGCGUGAUACGAGGUUGUCUCUGCCACCAUGACAGCUACAAGCCCUUGAUGGGUUUGUUCAAAUCUCUGGGCCUUGGUUUCUUCACCCAGUUGAAUCAGAGUUUAGACCAAAAGGAUUUCUAAUGCCCCUUUAGGUUUAACCAUCUGUAAUAGAAAAGCAGAAUCAAAGUUGGUCUUGGUGAGUCAUCGCAAUUAAAGGAAAGCCAGAAUCCCCGUGAAGGACAUGGGGAAAGGGAGGGAAGGAGAAAAGGGGGAAAGAGACUGACUCAGAACUCUCUGUGUCUCUCAUAGACACCACACACACACACACACACACCAUAUACACAUACAUACACACACACCACACAUACACACCACACACACACACACACACACACACACACACACACACACACAUACACCAUAUACACAUACAUACACACACACCACACAUACACACCACACACAUACACACACCACGAACAUAUACCACACAUACACACACACACACACACACACACACACACACACACACACAAUGCUAAAAGAAGCUGAAGCCAUUAUGUCUAUGAAAGCAGAGCCAAGGAACUGGAUGUGCCUGAACAGCCCACCUCAUCAAGGGAGCUGAAAUGGAACAAGAUUUUGUGUCAUCACUACCAGGAAAAAUCAAGAAACAUCAAUGGAAAUCCAAACCUGCUUUUUACUGGAACUAUUUUAUCCUGCGGAACAUUUUUUUAUAAAUAGCAUCGGCUGCAUCGCCUAGAUUCAUUUAAAGGAAUUUUAAAGUAAGAAAGAAACUUCAAAGAUCAGCUCACCCAACCUUCUGUAAGAGGGUUUAGAGAUCCCUUUUGUUAAGUAGAGUGAGUCCCCCCACACUCUAUGCUUUGAAGAGACUGUCUUCUCAGAAUCCACAGGGAGCUUCUCUCAAAGCUUCUGGACUUGACUGGCUUCACUUCUUCCUUCACUGAGCUUCCUAACUGAUUCCAGUUGUUAAUCUGCUCCUUCUCACGCCUGCUUUUGUCCCUGAGGAGCAGGCAGCACUACUUGGCACCCACCCUAAUCACCCAAGAUUCCCAUAAGGGACUCAGAAUGACUGAACGGGGGCCUAUCAAGAAGAUGGCGCAACUACAGACAUGUUAGAAGGUACACUUCCACAAAAUCCCCAACAACAACAAUAACAGUAACAACCAGUCACCAGAGACUGCCAUGGAUUCACUGCCUAGAAUCAAGAGCCAGGCCACUCUCCCUCUUUGCAUGCCCCAUCAUAUGAAGAUUGUUUCUAUACUGAGUUCUCAUCUUCCCAGGGCUACUUCUGGAAGGUGAAGACAUUAACUGUGAAGACUCUUUGUUAGGGAUGACAACCAUGUAGAAAGCGUUGGCCUUCAGACCCGACUUACUGAAUAAAGGGAGACUUGGUGAGAGGGGCAAAGUGGUGCUCCCAGCUCCCAGAUGUCCACUGAAUCACUUAUGAGAAGUAGGGCAGGAGGCAGCAUAGUUCUUAUGAUUCUGUUAACCUCAGACCAAACCAGGACCCAGGACCCAUUUGUACAGGAGACUGAUUUGUAAAACAACAGCAACAUGGCAGCAGAGAAAGUUGGAGCAAGCUCCCAGAUAUCUAAAUGUCCCCUCCCCCCAGCUACCUAACACCCUAUCUCUAAAGAGGUGAGAGUCACUCCUAAUAUCCUUGUUGCCUUCCACUGGGGAGCCAAUCAGCUCCUCCGAGAUAGAAAACUCUCAUUUCAAAAGCAAAUUUAAAGGACCAAGAUUGCCUUGCCAGUAAACUCGAUGCCUAUACAAACUCUCCUAAAAACAUCUUUACCUUUAAAGUUCAGUAUCAGGACAGAGAUAUAGAUUAUGGGGCAAGAGGACAUUGUAGAAUCUUUUCAACAAGCUUUUUUGAAGCAUCCAUUGAGAAAGGUUUGAUAGUUCCCCCCUUGGUCCUUUUCUAUGGAGAAAGAAAGGUGGGAUUUGUGAGAGCUGUGAACAUUUGAAAACAGCCCCGGAGGCAUGGCCUUUUCUUUUUCUUCCUCCUAGGAUUUCAGAAAGGGGGCAAAGCACUUCCCCGGGAUACAUGCUUUUCUAUCCAUUGCUUGAUAAUCAUUGCAUUUAACUCCUUGAUUGCAUUUCUGUCCCUCUGAAGACAGAGAGGGAAGAUCACUUUUCACCUCUAUUUACAUCCUACUGUCUGCACUGAAAUACUCGUAAGAAGGACUAAUAUCCAAAUAAAUCCUAGCAGAGGUGAGAUAAUGCUUAGCUUACCUCAAACUUGCCAAGGCUACACAAAGAUGCUUGGUUUUCAUCCAUCCUCCCUGGGUGGUUUCUUUCAUUCAUACAACUAAGCACUGAAGGUCCUCUCCACUGGAGGAAAGGGGACAGAGCUGGCUUCUGGGCUGAGGCUUGUAGCUUCUCUUUUAUUAUCCCACUGGGCCCUCAGAACAAACUUCUGAAGUUCUUUGACUUACUGCUUCCCUCUUGGCCUUUGCUUCUUCCACACCCCAACUCUCCCAUAUGCAUCUCUCCUAAUAAUACUACAGCAUUUUGGCACUGCCAGGCAAAAUGAGAACUUGCAGAAUGAAUGAAAACUACUCGGAUUACAGAGGCUAAAACAACUCUGAUAAGAAGAGAUGUCACAGGGAUGAGAGGAGGCUUCGGUUUUCAGAGGAUGUGUGUGUUGGUACACAUGAGGGUCCCUUUGGAAAGAGUGGCUUUGGUUCAUCCUAACUAAAUCCAUGCUGGAUUUAGUUAAACCAGUUUUGUCUUCUUCAGGAUCUGAGAAAAUAGCUAGGGAAAAAAAAAGUAAGUUAAAUAAAAGAAGCUGGUGGAGUCUUAUAAAAUAAAAACAAACCUUAGAGGCCCCACAGUGGAAACACAAAAGCCACGUGAGUGGCCACAUUAAAGACAUCAUCAGCAUCGGCUUCUCAAACUCUCGCCUCAUCUAAAGAGCCUAUGCAUUCACCCCUGCGCCUGAGAUAGGAGGCCACUAGCAGCCUUAUGCACAGAAGUAAGAAGAAGGACGGCUUGCUUUGCUACUCGACCGACCAAUCUUGCCUCGACCUCACAUUUCCCUUCCCGGCUAGUACAGCCUGGUUUGUCAUCUCAAACAUUUCUGAUUUAUUUUUUUUUAAGGUCACUCCUCAACCAAAGCAUGACUUCAGUGCACUUGCAGCAUCCCAUUGUCCAAAUGUCCUUGGCAAACCUCACAGUCUUUGGACAGUGUUAUGUUUUCUUCCCAAACAGGAAAUCCUCAUUCCUUCCCCAGCUUAAGACUAUUUAUUGCAGGAUAUCCAUUCAACAAGGUCCUGGCUCCUAAGAUCUCCUCUAUUAACUUAAUAGAACAUCUCCUACUAUUUGAGCAGUAAGACUAGGUUAAAGCUUAACUUCUAACUUGGAAAUGUUGGAUCCUUUCAGCCCCUGACCCCGACACUCUCAUGGGUAUGGUCAUUGGCUAAGUUACUACCAUGGCCUCUGAAGAGAAAGUACAAGAUUCGUUGAGAUGUAGGUACAUUGUACUCAGGAAGCCUGGGCCACCUCAGGUCGGGGUUAGUGUUGUAGGGCAGACUUAUAGUAAGAACUGUUUUUUUCUUGUCAGUGCUUUUACAACCCACAGAGAAACCUGUAGCCUUUAACCAAUCUGUCAUUGAACACUAAUAUACUCAACCCUGUCUCCUAGACCAACAUUAAAGAACACUCCUUCAGAGGCAAAGGACAUUCUGGACAUCACCUAAGAUGACUCUCUAUGCCAUGCUCAAGGAAAGCAAGGCUGACAUAGGCAGGCAGCUUGCUUGAGAUCACACAGCCAGUUAGACAUAGAAAUGGGGGUAGCCUGGUACAUUUAAAAAAAAUAUCUGUCUCUCCUAAUAGAAACUGAGAAAAACAGUAUUUGUAUACCUAUUGGUCACAUUCUGUGCAAAGGGCUUCCCAUCAAUUACUUUAUUGAAUCCUCACCCCAAUCCAGAGUAAGUUUUAAUCAUUUUCUAGAAGAAGAAAGUGAAAGCAUGGGAUUGUUAAAUGGCAUGUGUGAAGUCACACAGCUUCUGAGGAGUACCACUGUCUCUGUCUAAUACAAACAGCCUUAGUUCUUCCAGUUUGUAAAGCUGCUGUCACAUUGACCACGCGGCUGCCAUCUUGAACUCACUACCAUUCUCAUGAUGUUUCUAACUCCAUCCACCUCUCCUUUUCCUUUUAACAAAUGGAAAAUUUUGCUUGUUUUCUCAUGCUAUGCUGCAGAGAAACCCUCAGCCCCAAACUAUUACUGUCAGAAAUAGUAAGAAAUAGCCCAGAAACAAUUCUUUUUUCUUUCUGUUUAAAGUUUUGAAGAUGGUGUCAGACACAAACAUAAAUUCCCAUCCCAGGGCCUAGGCAGUACAGACACUUCUCUUUUCUAACACAAACCCCUUUCCAAACUAGGAAAAAAGAUAGAACCAGUAUCAAGGAAGGAGAGACCACAGGAUAACACUGUGUAAGCACCUAGGGUAUCAGUUUGACCCUAGAGUUUGCAAAGGAAGAGUUAUGAGUGUGUUCAAACAACUACAAACAGCAGAAAAUGCAAAUAUCCUGUGAAUGUCUAGGCUAAAAUCAACAGAUUGCAGGGAAAAUUAACACGACCACCUCCCAGAUCCCAGAGUUCCCUGAAGGAACAUGACAGGACAUUUGUAAAGACUGGAACUACAAGAAGUCAAGAGAGGAGUUCUCUGUGUUUAUUUUCUCAUUUCCUUUCUCUCUCUCCUUACCCAUCUCUUAUCCCAGUGAAAGAGAAGUCUAGGAGAACAGUUUGCUACAAUGCUGACUAGAAUUGCUACUUUGGAAGAUCUAAAAAGAUAUCAGAAACUUGGUGGCUUCAUCUAUCAGACAACAACUCCUAACACUGAGUUCUGUUUCCCUCUUAAGAUAUUUAUGCUAAACGGACUAGGUCUUCCCAAGAGUGAAUUGAGGUCCCCCUCAAAAUGGUAACUCCUCUGGAACACCUCAGACACUUAUUAGAUAAAUCAAGCACUACAGUUCCUGCAGAACUGUCUUUCAGCAGAGGAAUCCUAUGCUACCUACUUUCUUCACUACCCUCCUUCCUUAAGGCAUAGCGAUGCUACAGGGACUCACAAACAAGGGUCAGAAUCUGUAAGAGUCUAGUCCUUCCUGCCUCUCUUUAACAUAAAUGCUCUUCCCUCCUAUAUUUACACACACACACACACACACACACACACACACACAAACCCCAAGUACCCUCAAGCCUAUAGAAAUUUCCAGGUGCCCAAAAAAAGUCACUGUGACUCUGAGGGGUUUUAUUGCCUGGGGCUCCAAGAAGAUAACACUCAUCCUGGUGGUCUCUCAAUUGCUGUCCCAACAAAUCAUAAGCACCAAAUCCUCCAUUCCCUCCGAAUUUGAAUUUGUGGUUUUAACCUUUAAUAGCCUUUUCGGGUAAAAUAACAAAGACGAACGAAUUUACUGACUUUGUAGCUACACUGUUCUUGAAAAGGCUUUUUUUUUUUUAAGAAAAAAAAAAAAGGCCAGAAGGAAGAAGAAGAGAAGGGGUAUAUGGUAUAUUCUCAUCAGGUGGUGCACACUCUGAUGAAAUCAAACAAAAGGCUAUAGAGGAUUGAAGAGGGAGAGCCAACUUGCCCCAUCCUUUCAUGGCGCUGUAGCUCAAAGACUGGAAUCUGCUUGUUAACCAUUGUUAACUAGUAUUUUUAGUCCCAGUUGCUUUUAGCCUCUGUAUAGUUCCUUUUUUAAACACAUUUUCUAUACGUUAAUAAAAGAUCCUGAAGGAAA